UGUAGAUUUUUAAGCAAAACUCCCUCUUAGUCACAAAGAACCAGGCGAACUAUCUAGACAUCCAUUUCUUUUUACCAGAAUGGCUGGAUCAUGUAACUUUAAGAACUUGUGCCUUGGAGUUUUGUUAGUAAUUCUGAUAGUAUGGGCAAUAGUGGCUACCAUUUCUGCAGUAAAGAAAAAUAAUGAGAGUGAUUUACACUUCUCUAACUCCUCUGACUGGGAGGAGGCAAAAGUGGAAUUUCAGUUGGAGAUGAGCAGAGAAAACCAGACUAGACUACAGGCAAUGCUGGCUGAGCGUGAAAAAAACCUGAAGACAGUCAACUCAUCUCUCAUCAUGUGCCAGGAACAAAGGAUCGUUUUACACGACAAUCUCACUACACUGCAGAAUGAAAUCUUGACCUUUGCCAAAAUCACAGCAAAAGAAACUCAUAUGCAAGGUGAAAUUGAUUCACUGCAACAGACCUUGACACAAACAUCCCAGGAGUUGCAGAGUUCCAAAGACAAGUAUGCUGAGGCUGUGGCGAGCAAGGAAGCAGCUGGCAGAGAGAAACAACAACAAUGUGAGAAAAGCAAGGAUGAGCUGCAGCAGAACAUUCAGGAGCACCUCUCUAAGAUCAAGGCCCUCGAGGAGGAGCUGUCGGCACUCAGUGGGGUGAACAGACCUGUGCCCGUUCACACCAUCACUGCUCUCUACAUAGCAGCACUACUAUUGGCUCUGCCUGUGAAUAUGUAGUUGAAAGGAGUUUUGAAUCGGGAAUAUGAAGCACAGCAGAGCUGCAAGAGUCUUUGGGAAUCCUACAGUACUUGGAGAGGCAAUGAUUGUGAACACCUUGAACAAUUCAUUUCUGAAUCUGUCCAAACUAUGUACACAUACACUUAAAAGACCAAGGGGUCUAUGUUAAUAAACAGUGAUGGAAGUAAAUACCGCCAGCCUUGUAGUUAACAAAAUGAUUCUGUAAGUCUUUCUGUUUUUCACUAACAUUAGUUAUGUAGGUCAGUGCAGUUUUAAAAGAAGCAAAAGAAUUAUUAAGCAAACAUGUAUUUUUUUUGUUUAAAAUAUGAUUUCUGGUAAUUAGGUUCUCAGUUUUUGUGGCUUCUGAGGAUGAGCUGAGUGGCUCUUUUGCAUAAUGGUUGAGAUGCUCAUCUGCUUUGUCAGGGGUCACAGGUUUGCGCCCAUCCUCCUCCCUCUUGCUUGAGCAGUGUGUUUUGUGUCCACCUCCUUUGUCACUUGGGGCGCUAGUCACAUCUCCAUGUCUCUAGUGUACGUAUCCCUGUGCUCUAUUCAGCUCUGUGUCUCUAGUGUACGUAUCCCUGUGCUCUAUUCAGCUGUGUCUCUAGUGUACGUAUCCCUGUGCUCUAUUCAGCUCUGUGUCUCUAGUGUACGUAUCCCUGUGCUCUAUUCAGCUCUGUGUCUCUACUGUAUGUAUCCCUGUGCUCUAUUCAGCUCUGUGUCUCUAGUGUACGUAUCCCUGUGCUUUAUUCAGCUCUGUGUCUCUGGUGUACGUAUCCCUGUGCUCUAUUCAGCUGUGUCUCUAGUGUACAUAUCCCUGUGCUCUAUUCAGCUCUGUGUCUCUAGUGUACGUAUCCCUGUGCUCUAUUCAGCUCUGUGUCACUUAUGCAGUCUUUUUCCGAUGCAAUGAAAGUAGUCCAUGCCUUUAUUUCUUCGAGAUCUGACUACUGUAAUGCUCUGUUUGCUGGACUUAGAUGCCAAGCCAUAUCACGACUACAGCUUGUGCAAAAUGCAGCUGCAAGGGUCCUCACCAAUACAAAAAAGAGAGCUCAUAUAACUCUGGCUUCUUUGCACUGGCUCCCAGUAAUAUAUAGAAUUGAUUUUGAAGUCCUUUUGCUCACCGUUAAAGCACUGAAUAGUUUGGCACCUGAUUACUUGCCUGAGUUGUUGUCACCCUAUCAGCCUCAGCAUGUGCUGAGGUCAACGGAUAGUGGUCUUCUCUCUGUUUCAAGGGCUAGGAUCACAAGGAAAGGAGAGGCUGCUUUCUGUAUUCGGGCUCCGCAACUGUGGAAUUCUCUGCCUAAUCAUGUUAGAAGUUCAUCCGCAGUGGCUAUUUUUAAAUCAAGGCUUAAGACCUAUUUUUAUAAUUUGGCCUACAUAUAUAUUAUUUUACCUAUCUUUUUAUAUUACAUUGUCUUUUAUUUUGUUAUUCUUUUUACAAUAUUAUUUGUAAUUACUACCUUUUUUGUAGGUCUGUGUGAAGCACCUUGAACCUCUUGGUAUGAAAGGCGCUCAACAAAUAAAGUUUAUUAUUAUUAUUAUUAUUAUUAUUAUUAUUAUUAUUAUUAUUAUUAUUAAGUGUAAACUGUAAGCUGCUGUUUAGUCAGUUCAAUCUGCAUCACACUUUUUUUCAUCAUUCUUAAAGUAGUAAUUCUCAUUGCAUCUGUACAUCACAGAAAAAAUACAGAAUUGUGAUAAUAAAAGUAGCAUUGUUUUAUUUUUCAUUAGAACAAUCCUAGUUAAACUAUAUUGGAAUACUAUAAAAGUGUCUGAUGAGGAUGUUGCUUUUCCCUGGAACAGAAGCUAGAUAUCAUCAGUAAUAAAUUUGUGUGCUCUGAAGAGCAUGAAA